CGUUUGGAUCCCAAAAGACAGUCUAAAAGACGCUAGACGAUCACCACGCGGAAGUAGCAUGGCUCGUGACGACAACCGCAAGGUCAGCGAUGGCUCUGUGCAAUAUGUAGCGUCUGCCGAGGAGGCAGAGAACUUCUCCGAGCUGGGGAAUGCUCAGACCGUCGUUGCAGCCAAACCCCGGUCGAAAAACCGCUCUGGGAAGAAGAAGUCUGUCUUCUGGGAUAAAGAUGCUGUGAUCGAGGGCAAGACGUCGAUUCGACUUGUGCUAAACUGGCUCACAACGCAGGGUAACUACGACAAAUGGCGCGGAUCUGAUCGCACCAACGGAAAGACGAAGGAGGCGCUCCUUAAGGAGAUUGUAGCAGAUCUACACAAAGCCAAACUGCUCCAUCGAGAUACGGCUGGGAUGAGGGAGAUAAUUAACCAGUUGGAGCCAGGGUUUCGAAAAAUUGAAGAUUUUCUGGCGUGCACAGGGCAAGGUAUCACAAACGAGACUACUCUACGCGCCGAAAUCUUACGACGUUGCGCUUACUACUACGAGUUGAAGGACGUCAUGACUGAUCGCCCGUCGGCCCGUCCGGAGAUGACCUCUGAUGAGAUAGAGGAGCGCGGUAUCAUCGCUACAAGUGGAGAAAAGCGGGCGAUGGCGCUCCAAACUGACAACGAACCUAACAAGCAGCCAAAAUGGACCCAGUGGAAGAGCUGCUGCUGCAGCAGACAAAAAUCUUCGCAUCUCGUGAAAGUCAGCACGAACGUGCUUUCGAGAACAAAGCACGCAAGCAAGCUUUGAAGGAGAGAGAACUGACUUUGAAAGAGGCAAAAAAUCUACGAGAGCAAGCCCAGGCAGACGUCGAUCUAGCCUUGAAGAAAAUUCAACUGGAGAAAGCAAAACGCGAGAGUGUCGUUCAACUACUACUUGCCAGGAAAAAGCUGCAGGAUGAUGGAAUUCCUCAGCAAGAUGUUGACCUCAUGCUACCACUACAUCCCAUGGACGUGUCAGCCAGAUUUGCCGGCUAAUUUUUGAGGUCGAAUAUGGAGUCGCGAAGAUAAGCGCGGCGCUGAUCACUAUUCCUCGAGGACUGCGGCAGUUUGUCAGCCCAUUCGUCGUCAUCACUCUCUCGUACAACCCAGUCGUCAGGCAUCGGGUCACCGAUGGCCAUAUUGUGUAAAAUCAUUGCGGGCCGAAUAAGCUGAAUAGUGUAUUGCAUCUC